AUGCUUGGAUUGCUGGAACUGGCGGGACUGGUGGAGGCUGCUGGCUCAGAGGCACUGCUCUGGCAGCGGCUGCACUUUGUCCGCGCACAGUUUGCCAAGUACAAGAAGCACAUGACGGCACAUGGGAGUGGCAUCGGAUUUAUCAAGGAGUACGAACACUUGGCCAAGCUGGAGCGGAAGGAGAAGCGGCCUCUGGUCAAGCUAACCAAGCCCAUUCUGUUCAAGAAUAGAUAUCUGGACAUCAUUCCAGUGGAAAUGACCAACGUCAAGCUCGGACUGCCCGGCCUUCCCAUUCCCUCGCCGGCGCACAUGGCGAUGACUCCGCCACCAGGUUCGGACUUUCCGCAAACCUCGCUGGCCGAGCUGGAGGCCAUGCAAGCUGAGGCGUACAUCAAUGCCAACUAUGUCGAGGGGGGCGGCAAGAUGGGCCAUGACAGGAAAGAGUGA